AUGGAGAUUCACCAUAAAAUAAAUCAACUCCUCGAUGUAGAUGAUUGGCCAGCAUACAAUGUUAAUAUUCUUGGAGACUUUGGAGACAGUGAUAUUGAACCAUCUCCUGUGGUGAAUGAGGAAAUUCAUAAGUUUUGUGAAAAACUGAUUAGAGAAGAAAAUGCCGAUACUUUGACAAAGAACGGAAAAUCCAAUUUGACAGGUACCAGUAAGGUUGAGGAAAAAACAAACUCUGAAAAAAAUAUUAACUAUGCACAUAUCUUGAAAAAAAAUACAGUUGCUGCCUCCUCCACCUCCAAUGUGCCAUUUGAAAAAAAAGAAUACCAAGAAGUCAAAAAACUACAAAGAAAAACUGGACAUAAUGAAGAGACAAAAAUCCAACUUAUGAAUGCUUUUAGACGGUUAUCUGAUUCAGAAAAAUUGAAAUCCAUUUAUAUCCAAAGUAUUGAGAGCAAAGCAGUUUUAAUAGUUUUAAAUAAAGAAGUUGGAGAAAUGAAGGCUGAACUAAAAACAUUAAAAAAUAAUUCAAUCAUUAGAGAUCUUGAAAAGCCAAAUGUAUUUGAUACGAGAAGAAAAUUAAGUCCUUCAUAUGGUAUAAAACUUCCAAUUGAAGAUUUGGAAAGUUUUGAUGCUUUUGAAAGAACUGCAGAACAUGAGGAAACUGAAAAGUUUAAAGCAUGUCGAUCAAAAAUGUGGCUCUACAUAGGACGUGUAUCUGAAGGUGUAGAAGAGACUGAUAUUAUAAACUAUAUUAAAAAAAGGUGUAGUUCAGCUGCAGAAACUGAUAUAGCAGUCAGCAAAUUACCAACAUUGGGAAAAGCAAAAGCAUUCAAGGUAGGAAUAGGCUACAAAUAUCAUGAGGAGCUAAAUCAAGCUAGUUUUUGGCCAUCCAACAUCACCAUUAGAAGAUUUAAUUUCUGGGCUCACAAGAAUAAUUCUGUAGUCUUCUAA